AUGGCGGCGGCGGGCGGCGCCGUGGGAUUCGGCUAUCUCUCCUCCGUGGCGAAGGCGAACGAUGACGACUGCGCAGGCUUGGAACGUUCAUGCCUCGACAGGGCGGUGACGGCCGACGGCCACGCUGCGGCGGAGGAUGAGAAGGAGCGCAAGGACGAUGCGCGCUCCAAGAAGCGGCGUGCGUGGAGGCGGAAAGCCAACAUGGCCAUCGAGGAUCUCUGCGAGCAGGGCGCCGCCGUGUACGGGGACGGGGACGACGAGUGGGCGGAGCUGGAACCUCUCUUCUUCGACGAGGCAGCAACAGUGGCCGAGCACGGGAGGCGGAUGCAGAGAGAACAGCAGGCGGCCCACAACAGGAAGCUGUGCAGAGCCCGCGAGGCCGCCUUGAAUCGGAUCCGCGAGUACGAUCCGAAGACUGGGAGCACCUACUACUCCCGAGUUGAACACGUCGACGACAUCGCCACAUUCAACCACGACGAGGAGUCGCCACUUGGUCCAAUGAGAGACACUGAGGCAUUGAUCUAUGUACAUGGCACUGUAGCUUCAGAUGGUGAGAAGAAGUUCAUUGCCAGUGACUCUGCAAAUCUCCACUCCAUCGAUAUAACCUCCUUCUCGGAUGUUAAUAGCAAGGAUGGCAAUAUGCGGUUUGUUCUAGACUGCUCUGCAAACGUCUUCUCCGUAAAGAUAGUCUCCUCUGAUGUUGGCUUUCCGAUCGAAGUCUAUGGCACCGUAAUUGCCAGAGACAACAUCGAUCUCAAGUGUGUUUAUCUCUUCCGCCGAGAUAGAGAUCAUUGCCAACUCAUCUUGUCCAAGGAUGAAUCAUUGAUUCUGACUGGCCCAAAACGAGGACUCGCGCUAAAAUAUUAUUUGUAUUUUGAGUUUGAUUUGAAGAUCAAGUGUGUUGGAAGGCAGAAGAACAAGCAACUAAGUAAAGGUUACAUGGCAUUGGAUGGCUUAAAUUAUAGAUCGUGGCAAGAAAUGGAGGUUGAAAGGGAAACCCUGGACACUAAACUCAGUAAGGUGAUGAUUACAUAUGCAGUAGUCCAAAAUGCAGUCGAGGCAACUUUUGCUAUUGAAGUUCUGCAGGGAAGAUUUUACGGAGAAAUCACUGCUUGCACCACUGGUAUCCGGGAUAGCAUUGUGCUUCAUGAUAGCAAAAUGGCUGAAGCAAUGACUGACAAUGGAAAGGGAGUUAUCCAACUGUUGCGAAACGUGGUAGCUGUCAGUAUGAGGGAGAAGCUGAUAUUUACUAUUGUUGCCCGGACUGGUGAUGGUAAAACUAAAAGCACCACCAUUAGAUUUACUCCAGGAGUCAUUGGUGGAGAAGAAAAAGAAAUAACCUGUGGUUCCAUUCAGAUGUGUGUGAAGGUUACAUGGUCGAUAGUUUCACGUUGGUAUUACCCUCAUUGCUGA